CCACAGAGUGGACAUUUAGACCGUGCGAAAAGGCAACAUCAACAACAUGGCGCUCUUGAAGAGCUGCUUUCUGGUGCUGGCCUUGCUUGGAUUGUAUGCUUCAGCUCAAAAAUCUUAUAAGUGUGAUUUUGAACUGAAGAAGAUUUGCACUUUCCUAUCGAAUGACAGGCUAAACAGAGAGAAUUGGAAAAUUGGAAGAGGGAAGUUAAACUCUGCUGAUACAGGACCUUCAGUGGACCAUACGCUUGGAACAAAUCUAGGCAGUUAUAUCUAUGUGAAUGUAAGCGCAGCCAAGACGAAUGAAGUCAAGUUGCAAACUGUAAACCUCAAAGAUGCAUACUGCGUUCGCUUCUUUUAUCACAUGUAUGGCUCAGAUAUCGGCAGUCUAACUGUCUACAUCCAGAGUGUUAGCAGCCCAACAGAUACUAAAGACUACUUCAUUCGAAGAAAAACACAAGGUGAUCGCUGGAAGGAAGCGCUUUUUAGCGUACAGGUUGCGGCAUCAAUGAAGGCGAAAGGCUACAGGGUUAUUUUCAAAGCGAAGCACGCUUCUUCAACGAAAGUCAGAGGGGAUAUCGCUCUGGACGACAUAGAACUGACACCAGGAAAAUGUCGAGAUACUGAAAGGGAAGCAGGAAAGCUUUGCACUUUCGAUGACUAUGAUUGUGGCUACGCUCCAUUGAGGAAACUCUCUCUGAACUGGGAAUGGAAAGCACAGGGACGAAAGACGAGCUCAUUGGAUGUUUUACCGAGCGUCGACCAUACACUAGGAACAGCAGCGGGUGGUUACUGGUUUACUGGAACCCCUGGAUCGUCAUGGAGCACUCUCGAAACAACGAUGCUUAACAGUCCAAGUUACAGCAAGCCAAAAAAUCCCCUUAACUGCUUACAUUUUUACUUUUAUAUGGAUGGAGACGGAACUGCUUGGUUUUGGAAAAGAGUGGAUGAAGCUUACGUUCAGGCCCAAAUCACGUAUGGGGCAUCAAGUACAUUACUGGUAACAAAGGCAAAGAACACAACGAGACACAGAGUAUGGACAUAUGUGGAAGCCAAGGCAGAAAUCACACAGAACUAUCAGAUUACGUUUACUGCUGGUAUAAAAAGCGACGUUCCAGCUCUUAUUGCAGUAGAUGAUAUAAAACUUGUUCCAGGGAACUGUCCUGAAGCAGGUUCUUGUGAUUUCGAAGAAGGCAAGUGCACUUGGGUCGACGGUGCGGGCGAUUAUAAUUGGGUUAGAAAAAGUGGAAAGUCAUACGUAAAUAAAGAGACAGGUCCAGACGCUGACAAGACAUUAGAAACAGGAGAUGGAAACUAUGUUGUUGUUAGCACCAAAGGUAAGACGCCAGGUGGAGUAGCUAAUCUAGAAAGUGAGUUUUUCCCUCCUGGGGGUAAAGGUUUAUGUCUCAACUUCUAUUACUACAUGAAAGGACAGAACGUUGGAAAGCUAGCAGUCGUCCGAAAGGAGGAAAAUAUAACGGAAUCGACAAUAUGGUUGCUUAAGACACCAACGGGACAACAGUGGAAUAAAGGAGCUGUGCUCUUAAAACCAAGCAUAUUGAACAAUCAGGUUAUUUUCCGAGCUACUAUUGGAGCAGAAAAGGACGGAUUUUUUGCUAUCGAUGACAUCAAAGUAAGAGCUGGAGAGAAAUGCGACCUAACUCCUGCCAUAGCAGAUCCUCGAUAUGAAGCUAUGGAGCUUCUGAGUUGCACUUUCGACAACUUAAACCUAUGCAGUUGGAAACAAGAUCCUGAAACUCUUGCAUGGAAAUUUGGAAAUGCCUCAAUGUUUGUCAGUACUGGACCGAAGGAGCCACUGAAUGGAAAAGGUCACUAUAUUUACAUUAGUUCUUACGAAGGUAAUCAAUCGAAUUAUGAGAAGGUUGCCCGGAUACAGUCACCGGUAGUAAGCUCGUUCGCGCCUGAUGCUGCCUGUUUCUCUUUCUAUUACCACAUGUUCGGUGCUCAUGUUGGAGAACUGGCGGUUUAUAUGGUGCCUAUGCAAGAUCAGAAGACGCCUUUAGGAAAGCAAGUGAUAUGGAGACGAAAGGGUACACAGCCGGACAAGUGGUUGCAGUUUAGAGAUACACUCAACGUCACGGAAGGAGAUUACAGAAUUGAAAUUGAAGCAAAAGGAGGCAAUGGAUUCGCAGGAGAUAUCGCCAUCGAUCAAAUUGUUAUGUCUCUUGGUGCAUGUCCACAACAAGAUAUGUGCGAUUUCGAGAGUAGUCUCUGUGGCUGGACGGUUGAAGCAAACAGAAAGGGUAACUACUACUGGCAGAGAGGAGCAAACCUUAUCAAAGGACCAGAUAGAGAUCAUACCACAAGGACUGAAGCAGGUUAUUAUCUGCAAGCCUAUUCUGACAGAGCUUCAGUCGGAGAAGAGACGGAUUUGGUUAGUCGCAUGUUCAACAGGAACUGGGGACCGCACUGCAUCACGUUUUGGUAUUACAGACCGGGUUUAAGCGUCGGAAAAAUUAGUGUCAAUUUCCGCAUAGGUGGAAAAGACUUCCUCGAGUGGUCUGCAGCCAGUGAUGUUGGAAAGUUUUGGCAUUACGCACAAGUAAAUGCUGAUAGACCUGAAGCAUUUAAGAUUGUAAUUAAGGCAGAGAAAGGGAGAAACGAUGACCAUCAGAUGGCAAUUGAUGAUCUUUGGAUAAAGAACAGCCGAUGUGGUCCACCAGCCGCUUGCAGUUUUAACAACGAUUAUUGCAGUUAUUUCCAGAAUGAAACUUCUGAUUUUGCGUGGCUGCUGGGAACCGGACGCGUCGUCAACACUCAGUUAAUAGAUGACCCUCCAGAUGAUAACAGCGUCAAAAAUGGUAUGUACGUUUAUGCUGAUAUGACGUCACCAAAUCUUAAGGAAAAUAAAACAGCUGUGCUUGUCAGCGAAAUUCUUGAAGUGUCUUCUCAAGGAGUUUCAUGUCUCACAUUUUUCCUUCACAAAAGUGGCGCAGAUAAAUCUAUGUUUUCUGUUGGCAAGAUGGUUCUAGAGAAUGUUAAUAAAGAAAUGACGUACAAACAGUCCCAACUAUUCCAAACAGAAGAAACUACUGGUAAAGGCUGGGGAAAAGUUCAGAUCAGUAUUCCAGCUAAAAAUGGAGAAACUCAUCAAAUAUAUUUCUCGGCUGUCAGAGGAAGCGGUGCCAGAUCCUUCACUGCCAUUGAUGACAUCACGGUUGAGAAUGAAGCCUGCUUAGAUGCUACAACGUUACCACCAGUAACAGUGACAGAAAUGCCUGUGACUGUCGUGACUUGUGACUUCGACAAAGGGACAUUUUGCUCCUGGAACAACGACACUGGAAAUGGAAAAUUUGCCUGGAAAGUCAACGAUCCUAAACGAAAUGACGCUAAAAUGCCGAAAUUUGACCAUACACAAGGAAAUUAUUUAGGUCGAUAUGCAUAUUUAAAAGGUGACGAUACUUCAAAUAAGAAAGCAACUAUUACAAGUAAAGCAGUUCCAAAUACAUGGAAUGGAAACUUCUGCUUCAGUUUCUGGUACUUCAUGAAUGUAGAAGGUCAAAACAG